AUGCCCUCGAUAAACCCCUUGGGCCACAGAUUGACUAAAGAUUCACUUGCAAACUAUGCUAUUUCUGUAACAUACAACGACAUCCCACUGGAACCUGACUUUUUCGAGUGCCUGGUCGAGAUUACAAGCACAGUGAAGAGAGAAGCCAAUGGCCGGGAAAAGCAGACAGGCACACCGAAAAAGACGCUGGACAGUUGGUUUCUGGGCUUCUUUUCGCAGGAAUCGGUUGCUGCUGUCGACUUAGAGCCUCAGGAGACACGUCUUCUUCUUGGGUACGUCCAGCUUCUCGGGUACAUUCGCUUGAACAACCAUGUGGGCACAGAUGGGUCCUCGAACCCUGCCAACAACCCGUACUGGAAGAAUCCUCAGUACCUUGAGAUGUACGGCAAAGAAGAUUUGGAUGUGCAAAUUGACACUGUGAGAAAGACGCCUUUUCUAAAGACAUUUGCCGGGGACAAUGGUGCUAAGAAGCGGACCGGUGGUGUAAGCGACCUCAACUCCCACCGUUACGAUGCAAGAACCCAGUAUUUGAUUCACGACCUAGUUUACCCCUUCAACACAUUAAUCAGUCCGCCAGACAACCCAGAUACCCACGCUGAAGAAUUGGCGAGGGAAGUGUCUCAGAACGUGAUUCCGUUUUAUGUUACAGCCCAGCUGCUUUUGUUUUCAAAGACAAUUCUCUCACCAGGCAAGAGUGACAGAUAUGUGUUGAAGGUGCCCAAACCGCUGAAUGAUCUUCCUCCUUCGUACAAUACCAAGCUGACGGGUGCAACAGGCGAUACUGGACUCGUGUCUAUUGGUUAUUCGCUUAUAGUGGGCGUCUCAGAGGAGAUAAACGGCCAAUUGACUCCGAGAAACAUGUACUUCCCCUUCGAGUUUCGUCUGGGCAAGAAAGGAUGGGACAGAGAAUGGCUUCAGGCUGACUACUUGCAAGAGCCAGUGGUGGAUACGCUGUGGGAGACCGAAGUGCGAGGAAAGCAGAAGGAAAAGCCCAACAACAAAGGCUCUAAAGAAAAGUUACUCAGAGAUAUCGACACUCUCAUCGAAAGCGACGUGCAAGUCGUGGCUGCCAACGAGCGGCGCAAGAGCUCUGUUCUGAAGCCCUUGACCGAGAACAAGGGCCUCAUCUCACAACUACCAGCCAAACUACGGGUCAGCUACCAAAUUCGUGUAAAUGGCGUGGCUCUUUGCACACUCACAAUGUCGAAGCCCUUCUACCACGUAGGCGACGAUGUGCACUUCUUCCUCGAUGUGGAAAAUCAACAUGGAGAUUGUGCUCGAGUGGUAGGCUACUACGCCUACGUGGAAGCACACGAGAUCUUCAAUCUCCCUGAAAAGAAACAGUUUGUCAACACAUACAAAGUGACGCCCACAAUCAAAACCAAUCUUCUCGCCACGGCGUUGGCAGCACACUGGGACUCAGAUAGCAGUCCCGUCAGCGUGAGCAACAUGCUCAACUUGCCUCGGCACGCCACCCAGCAGUUUCAGAGCCUGGCGUUCAUGGACCUCCGCUACUUCUUUGUGUGUAAGUUUCUACUCAACGACUUCACCGAGCUCAGUGGGAACAACGACAUCAAGGGCUACGCCGACUAUUUGCAAGAGUACAAGUUUGACAACGAGGGCACAGAAUUCAAAUUUGCCAUCCCGUUGGUUGUGCUACCAUGA